GGAGCAGCCGGGACGCCUCCGGACCAGUAGCCGCCAUGAACCGGCUCCGAGACGACGACGACCCCUACCUCGUCGAAGAGGCCAGCGACGAGGAGCCGGCUUUGAGCAGUUCUGAGGAUGAAGUGGAUGUGCUUUUACAUGGAACUCCCGACCAAAAAAGAAAACUCAUCAGAGAAUGUCUUACGGGAGAAAGUGAGUCAUCUAGUGAAGAUGAAUUUGAAAAAGAAAUGGAAGCUGAGUUAAAUUCUACCAUAAAAACAAUGGAGGACAAGUUAUCUUCUCUGGUAAAAGGAUCUUCCUUAGGAAAUGGCCAAGUUGGAACAGCUGCAUCAAAAUACUAUGAUGAUAUAUAUUUUGAUUCUGAUUCUGAGGAUGAAGACAAAACAGCACAGGUAACCAAGAAAAAAGAGAAGAAGCGACACAGGAUUCCAACAAAUGAUGAAUUAUUAUAUGACCCUGACAAAGAUAACAGAGACCAGGCUUGGGUUGAUGCACAGAGGAGAGGCUACCAUGGUUUGGGAAUACGGAGGUCACAUCAACAACAGAGGCCUGUUCCAAAUAGCGACGCUGUCUUGAAUUGCCCUGCCUGCAUGACUACAUUGUGUCUUGAUUGUCAAAGGCAUGAAUCCUAUAAAACUCAAUAUAGGGCAAUGUUUGUGAUGAAUUGUUCUGUCAACAAAGAUGAGGUUCUGAGAUACAAAAUCCCAGAGAACAGGAAGAAAAGACGCAGCAAUAAGAAGAUGCGGUCUAAUGAUGAAGAUGCUGCAGGUCAGGAAGAGACAGACGAACUCUAUCACCCGGUGAUGUGCACUGAGUGUUCCACUGAAGUGGCUGUCUAUGACAAAGAUGAAGUCUUCCACUUUUUCAAUGUUUUAGCAAGCCAUUCCUAAACAGUGCAGUUGCAAAUAAUUGCCUGAUGUUGUAUAUAAGGUAAAUAUGAACAGUUACUUUUCUCCUGCUCUUUAUGUAAAGUGAGAGUCUGCACGGUUAUGUGAGAAAGCAGUGACUUAUCUUUGUUUUUCUGAAAGAGAAGUUAUCUUUCAUUCCACUCUUUUGUAAUUAAAAAUUUCCCUUGCUCUGAUGGGACCAGUUAUUCUUUUCCUUUAGAUGGACAUUUGAAAACUUUGGGGCUUUUAUUUAUUAAAGCUCUUGAUAAUUAAAGUGUAGAGUUAAAAUAUU